AUGAACGACCCCGGCCUCGACGAGCCAGCGGGUGAGGCAGCGCAAGAUGUUAAUAACACAGUCCACGCCGAAGAUGAACAGGCUGAGCAGGAAGAGCGGGAAUAUCUCGAUCCAAGUUAUGUCGCCCACCAAUGGUGGUUUGCCUCGACAGCGAGUCCUCUCAUAGCAGGCACAUUCGGCCCCAUCGCCAACGGCUUCUCAAUCUGCGCUCUCGUUGAAAAAUGGAGAGUGUACAUUCCGCCUGGAAGCGACGAGGGACACGGCUCGAAGAUUACCGAUCCGAAAUGGCUUAUCGCAGUCAAUUCAGUUUCGCUCGUCUUCGCUCUAAGCGCCAACAUCAGUUUGCUGCUCAACAUGUCGAGGAGAUUGACAUUUGAGAUUGCGCAACCUAUCACUAUUAUCGGCUUCUAUCUCGCUGGCUUCCUUUUGAUGGCGCUCGUGGGGGUCGCUUCGUCAUCUGUGUUCCGGAUUCAGCCUAUGGAAGAACAUGCUCUCAGCCAAGCGUAUUACUACGCUAUCAUCGCUGCGGGUAUCUAUUUCAUCAUCGCCUCUCUUAUGGCCUUUACUGCUUUCGGAGCGUGGAAGGGUCAUUAUGCUAGAGACUUCCGACUGACGGCCAGUCAGAGGACGCUGAUGCUACAGACCAUCGCCUUCAUGGUCUACCUGCUUAUCGGCGCUCUGAUAUUCUCUUACGUCGAAGGCUGGAUGUUCCUGGAUGCGGUGUUCUGGGCCAACUUCACCCUUCUCACGAUAGGUUUCGGCGGAGAGUUUGUGCCUAAAACGCAUACUGGUCGCUCACUGCUGAUCCCAUAUGCAAUUGGUGGUCUAGUCACGGUUGGUUUGGUCAUUGGUUCUAUUCGAUCCCUCAUCCUAGAGCAUGGAAAGCAAAAAAUGGCGGCUCGCUUCAUGGAAGUCAAGAGACAAAAGGUCCUCGAGUCCAUUGAUGGCGACACACAGACGAUACGCAUCUCGCUGUGGGAGAAGGUCGAGUUCUCCUCGAAAGGCUUAACAGAAGCCCAGAGACGAGAGCAAGAGUUCCACAUAAUGCGGCGUGUGCAAACAUUAUCCGAGCGAAAGAGGCGAUACACUGCACUAGCUCUAUCAACCACAGCAGCAAUGCUAUUGUGGUUCCUCGGAGCUUUAGUAUUCAUGUACUCUGAGAAGCCACAAGGUUUCAGCUACUUUGUCGCACUCUACUACGCCUACGUAUCGCUUCUGACAAUUGGCUACGGAGACUACGUCGUCGAGAGCAAUGCUGGAAAGGCCUUCAUGGUAUUCUGGAGUCUACUCGCCGUACCCACACUCACCAUUCUCAUCUCGAAUAUGGGCGACACAGUCAUCAAGGCCUUCAAGGACUUCACAAUCUGGCUCGGCUCCCUCACCGUUUUACCCGACGAAGAAGGACUGAGUGCCGCACUCAAGGUGGGUUGGACAAGAAUCAGAUCCGGCAAGAUUGGAGAAGAUGAGAAGGCGAGCUCUACCGAUUCCACGGAAAACCGCACUGAGGACCGGCUGGCAGCAUACAUUGAAGAAGAAGAGCUGGGCAAAGCGGAAGAGGCAGGCGAGCAUGGGGAUUAUCUAGAACGCGACAUCCGAUUUUACCACUUUGUUCUCGCAAAGGAGGUCCGCAAAUUGAUGAAAGAUGUCGAAAGCUCAUCGUCGAAGCAAUACGAGUACCAUGAGUGGCAGUACUACCUCCGCCUAAUCGGCCAAGACGAAAACGAUCCUUCGCACCACCGCCAACCCAAAGCCAGCACUAAGCAUGACGACGGCGAGGCUCCUGAUAUCGGUUCUGCGGACGACGGCAAGAAGCACGCAUGGAGUUGGCUUGGCAUCCGCAGUCCGCUCAUGGGCAACCAGUCCGAGCCUCAAUGGUUACUGCAGCGUUUAGCGAUGAAAUUGGAAUCAGAGAUGCGCAAGAUGAGUUCAUCCGACGAGAAGGUGAGGAAGGCGAAACCACCCAUCUCCAUGGCGGAGUUGAGGAAGAGAAAGGGCAGUGGGAAGAUGUCUGAAGACACGCAGACGCGCACUUUGCAGGAGGAUGUCGAGGCCACAGCGGUUAGCCAACGUGCUGCCAAGCGAGACUGA